AUGUCCAUCUGGGAUAUCAAGUUUAUCUUUGAUCUCGCCGCUCUUGACCCGCGCAUGUGCUCCAUGUGGGCUGGGGGAAUGGGCAACCAGCUCGAACAAAGUAACGUCCAGUUCUUACUAAUUGACAACAAGCUUUGCCAGGAACACAUUGUCUUUCAGCUGUCGCCAAAUUCUGGGGGCAUCACUAUUAUCUCUGGCUCAAAGGUCGCCAAAGAGCUCUACGUCAACGGCGAUGCGGUCAACGACGGCCAGACAGUCUUGGGUGGAGUCACGCGGAUAUCUAUCCAUGGUCUGCAGUUCAGAUUGGAAUAUCUCCCUCAUUCGUACACGCCAGAGUGGCAUAUCCAGCGCGACAACUUUAUCAAGGCAGCACACCGGGGCAAGGUCGCCGAUACGCUUCAUCUGACACGUUCCGCCCCGUCUGAGAGUUGGCGGUGCGCAGGCUGGACUCUUCAGAAAGAGAUUGGCCGCGGUGCAGAAGGAGUGGUGUAUGCAGCGACUCACAAGGAUGACGUUGUCGGUGUGUUCAAACGCGUUGAGCGAACGCCUCGCAAUGCUCAGGCAGAGGCCGAAAGGACCGAGAUGCUGACUGACUUUUCAGCGGAAGUGGACAAAGCUGUGAGAGGCGGAGUGCGCCACUGCGUCAUCAAAUUGAUUGCACUUCACGAAGCGACACUCGAGAUCGAGGAGAAAGAGGCAUUGUACUAUGCGUACAAGGCGCUGUGUAACGAGACACUCCAUGAUCACACCUUCUCGACUCGCGAUCCUUGCAUCCUCCGCAAGCGAGCAAUGCUUUUCAAGAGUGUCUUGCGAGCACUAGACUUCGUUCAAUCGUGCGGAUAUAUCCACCGAGAUAUCAAGCCCGCAAAUAUCGGCGUAAAGGACGGCGGUCAUGCUGUUCUUCUCGACUUGGACCAGAUGAUCCUCCAAAAAGGCCAUCCCGACAUCCCAGCUUCACCCGGCGUUUGCGGAACACUCGCCUACCUGGCACCCGAGAGCGAGAUGAUCGCGCACAGCUAUCUGGUUGAUGUGUGGUCCGCAGGCCUCGUGUUGUUUCAGAUGAUGUACGGCUACCACCCUUGGAAGUUCAUGACAAACCCGUUCCGAAGCGAUGAGCCUGAUGAACUGGUACGCUCGCUAUUCGAUCGGCAGUACGACGAAAUCAUCGCGAUGCUCAAGAGGUCGAGAAAUCCGCUCGACCCGCUUCUCGUCCGUCUGCUGGCCCAUGAGUACUCGAACCUCAACCCAGGACCCCGUCCGUCCGCGAAAGAGGCGUUGGCCAAUCCAGUAUGGAUGAAUCUAAAGCAGUGGGAGCAGGCAGACGACCUAGACGGCGACGAGCGUCUUCUGGGAUUGGCGUGCUUCGACGGUGGUUCGACAACAGUCGAACUGUCGAUCGAGAGGAAGAUUGCUGUCGAGUGGAAUUGCAAACACAACCCUGUUUUUCGAACUGCAUAG